AUGGCCAAAGUCGCGAUAUCAAAGAGAAAGCCGCUUUCCAAGCACUCGCGCGAGGCGAGGAGAGCAACGUCUCCCAGCAUCGACACCGACAAGUCACUUAAGAAUGUGAAGCCUCCACCCGAAUCAGCCGACCAUCGCCCUUCAGUUCUAGCAAUCCAUAGUGGCGCAGGGGUCUCGAAGAAGCAGAAGCGUGGCAGGAAUCUGAGCACCAAGGCGAAGAAGAGAGCUGAGAAGGGCAUGGACAAGGCGGCUGCCGUCAUGGAUCGCACAGAGAACAAGAUUGCCAAGAGCAAGGGUCGGGCUCGGUCGAUCCAGACCAGAGCGAAGACUUGGGAUGACAUCAACUCUUCAGUUCCUAAAGUGAGGCACACAACAACCGAGGAUGGGAUCGACGAGGACGAAGACGUUGAGGACGUGUCCGAUUUCGACGAUGAGAUGGGUGAGGCAGACGCUGCAGCCGCUGUUGUAUUGCAAGCUAGAAAUACUCUAUUGACACCGGCCAUGGAGCAAGAUGAGGACGAGAUACUAUGA